AUGCGCGGAAGCCGCGGAGGACCGCAAGCGCAGACGGCUCCACGCACCGUCCGAGCCGGUCGUUUCGGGGGCCCGUCGGUCGUGGAGGAGGAGGCCGAGGCUGAGGCCGCCGCCGGGAUGGCUCCGCUGCCGGGCCCUGCAGCGCCGCCGCGGCUCCUCCUGCUGCCGGCCGCAUCGACGGCCCCGCCGGCUGCCCCAGGGGCCCCCUCGCCUUCCCCGCCGCCCCGUAAGCGGCAGCGCCUGGCGCACCUCAGCCCGGAAGAGAAGGCCCUGCGCCGGAAGCUGAAGAACCGCGUGGCGGCGCAGAGCGCGCGCGACCGCAAGAAGGCGCGCAUGGGCGAGCUGGAGCGGCAGGCCGUCGAGCUGGAGGCCGAGAACCAGAAGCUGCUGGCCGAGAACCGGCGGCUGCGGGAGCGCGCGCAGAGCUUGUCCCGCGAGAACCACGAUCUGCGCCUCCGUCUCGGACUUCCCGCGCUUAAGGUGGAAUCGCAGGAGGAGACAGCGAGCAUCGCCCCUGGAGGGGCAGAGACCGGGUCCUCUGAGUCCGCAGCACUUAGACUACGUGUUCCUCCGCAGCAGGGACAGGCCGCAGUCUUCUGCCUCCACGGUGGGGGAGAGGAGGAGGAGGAAGAGGAGGAAGGGUCAGUUGGUAGCCUCCCUCUGGGCACAGACAGCCUGGCUUCUUCAGAUGCUGAGUCUGAUCUCCUCUUGGGCAUUUUGGACAGUCUGGAUCCAGACAUGUUCCUGCACUGCAGCAGCUCCCAGGCAACUUUCUUUGAGAAGCUGCAGCAGGAAAUGUGUGGAGAAGCAGCUGUUCCCUUACCAGCCUCCACCAGUCCCUCCUUGGGGCCUGCGCCACUCAAGCUGGAUGCCAUUAAUGAACUGAUCCGCUCUGAUCAUGAGUACACCAAGCCAUUCUUCCUGGAGAUCAUAUCAGAAGCAGCCACCCAGAACGGUGCACUCAUGGAGGAAGUGGUGGCUUCUCCUCCCCUGCAGGCCCCUGUCUCUGUGAAGGAGGAGCCUGCAGACACGCUUUUGCCUGACCUGGGCCUCUCCCACCUGCUCUCCUCAGACCAGAGGCCUCCCUUGCUGCUGGAUGCAGCUAGUGACUCAGGCUACGAAGGGUCACCCUCCCCGUUCAGUGACCUGUCCUCUCCCGUGGACACUGAUUGCAGCUGGGAGGAGGCCUUUGCCAAGGAGCUCUUUCCUCAGCUGAUCAGUGUGUGAUACCUGCUUAGCUUCUGGACAGCCGUCAGAUGGACAAUCGUUUUGGAAGAAUGUUCUUCUUGAAAGUGUUCCAUCAGAUUCCUAAGUAUUGCUUCUUUGUUUUGUAUGCGCCUCUGUCUGGCACCUGCCUCAUCAAGGAGUUCCAUAGCCCUUCCAAGAAAUGAAAUUGCCAGUCAAGUUAGCUUUGUUGGAAAGAAAGAAAGAAGAGAUCCUGCUUAGGGAGUAAUUGCUAAUCACUCUCAGUAGCUUCUCCUCAAUGUGUAAAUAAAGGCGGUGAGGCGGGGCGAGAUAUGUAAAUAUUACACAUACUGCUUUUUUUGAAAGUUAUUUUCCUGCAGCAUAUUUAAACUGUUGCUGUAAUUAAAAUGCAGAGCAAGUGAU